GAGCUGAAGGACAAACAAAGACAAAGUUCAGUUCCCCUGGUCAAAGCUUAAAACAUCCAUCUCCCUCUGUGCUGCCUCUGCUUCACUGCCUGCAGACAACGAGCUACUGUAGGCUGCACCCAGGAAAAGAUCACAAUGAUGCAUGCAGCCCUGGUUAUCUGGACCCUAUCAGCAGUGGUCUGCAUGGGGAGAGGCCAUCACCACAGCGGUCAUAAUGAAGCCACAGAUCAAACAGACCAGGAAACUGCACCUGAAAACAGCUUCUCAUUGGUGGCUUCAGAGAACAAAAACUUCGCCUUCCGUCUUUAUAAGCAUUUAGCAGCACACCCUGACAAUCAAGGCAAGAACAUCUUCUUCUCCCCUGCUAGUGUGUCUCUUGCCUUGGCUGCCUUGUCUGUAGGGACCAGAGGGGAGACCCAUGAGCAAAUUUUCAGGGGUCUGGGUUUCAACAACCCCCUCCUGACACAGGAAAAUGUAGACCAGGCCUUUCAGAUGCUCCUGGAUAAGGCAAACAAGACAUUAAGUGAAGAUGUCAGUCAAGGGACCGCUGUAUUCAUGGACCACCGCUUCAAGGUGCGGCCUGAAUUCCUGGAAACCUUGCAGCAGUCCUACUUUGCAGAUGGAUUCCAAGUUGACUUCACUAAAACCAAAGAGAGUGCUGAUACCAUCAACACAUAUGUAGCAGACAAGACCAAUGGGAAGAUAGAUGAGCUGGUUGCCAACUUGGAUCCAAGCACAGUCAUGUAUCUCAUCAGCUACAUUUACUACAAAGGGAAGUGGGAAACUCCAUUUGAACCUCGGCAUACCAUGGAGGAUAACUUCAUGGUGGAUGCAAACACUCAGGUUCCGGUCCAGAUGAUGAACAUGGAGAAACUUCUUUAUGCCUAUCAUGACCAAGGAGUUAACACAUCAGUGCUCCACCUACCCUUCAACAAUUCAUACUCCAUGCUGCUGAUGUUGCCUGAUGAUAUGGCGACCCUCGAGCAGGCCAUUUGCCCCAACCAUAUCACUAAAUGGCUUAAAUGGAUGAGGGACAUGAGGUAUGACAUCUAUGUUCCAAAGUUCUCCAUCAAAACCUCCUACUCACUGAAGGAAGUGCUGACUGACAUGGGAAUGGCUGACAUGUUUGGUGACCGUGCAAAUCUGAGUGGCAUUGCAGAGGGACAAAAACUGGCAGUUUCAGAGGUUGUGCACAAAGCCACCCUGGAUGUUGAUGAGGCUGGAGCCACCGCUGCAGCUGCCACAGGCAUUGGCAUCAUGCUUAUGUCCUUCAGGAACGUUCCCAUCCUGAAAUUUAACCGUCCGUUUAUGGUAGCCAUCAUUGAACGCAACACAGAAAACAUCCUUUUCAUGGGAAAGAUUGUUAACCCCAACAUCUGAUGGAAUAAAAUCCCUCAUGUAGAUGCUGCUGCAUCAAAAAUAAACCACUCAGAGAAA